AAUCACUUAAUUAAACAAUUCUCAAUUUACAUAAUCAAUGAAAAAGAAUCUAAAGAACGUAUUGAAAUAAUAACAAAUUCUUUAACAUCAUAUACAAUUAAUAAUCUUCAAUCAAAUACAGAUUAUACAAUUUAUUUAGUACCAUUACAUGAUACAUUAAAUUAUCCAAGUAAUAAAAUAAAUAUUCGAACAUUAGAAAAUACUCCAUCAUCAUCACCCAUAAAUGUUAUUGUACAAUUAAUAUCAACAACAAGUCUUUCUGUUCAUUGGAAUCCACCAUUAGAUAAUGAAACAAAUGGUGAAAUAAUUGCAUAUAAAAUACAUUGUUUAGCAUCCAAUGAAACAAAUUCAAUACAUUUAGCAAAUAUAAGUUCAGAUGUCAAAGGUUUAUUUAUUAAAAGUCUUAUUGAAAAUAUGGAAUACUGUAUAAGUAUAGCUGCACGUACACGUAUCGGUUAUGGACCUUAUUCACAACCAAUUUGCGUAACAAUGAAUAAUAAAUUUUUACAAAUGAAUCAUCAUGGAUUUAAAUAUCGUUUAUAUGAAAUGAUUUCUCAACCAUGGUUUUUACCAGGCAUUAUUUUAUUAAGUAUUUUUUUUACAUGUAUAUUUUGUUAUGGUAUUUGGUUAUGUUUACAUUAUAUUAUACAACAACAUCAUCAUCGUAUGAAAUUUAAUAGAUCAGCAUCAUCAUUUAAUCAAUCGGACGAAUUACCUGUUCAUAAAACAUUAAGUAAUGGAAAACGUUAUGAUUUAAUAAAAGAUACACCACCAGCAUCAUCAUCAACAGGUUUAUGGAUUGAUUCAAUACCAAAUGGUAUUCAUCUUCAAUGUUGUACAACAACAACAGCAUCUGCUAGUAGUAAUAGUGAACAUUAUUCAAUGAAUGUACAUAAAAAUCCGAUUAACGCAUUAUUACAUGAAUCUAGACAACAGCAACAACAACUUAAUCCAUAUGCUACAACAGGUAUAUAUCAACAAACAACACCGAUUUAUUCCGAAGCAAUUCAUUCACCAUUAUCAUCACAUCAUUUAUUAUCUGAUCAACAACAGCAACAGCGAACAUUAUCAUCACCUUUAGUACAAUAUCAACCACCAUGGCUUGAUCAUCAUUCAUCUUCAACAUUACAUUAUCAUACUCAAUCACAUACACCAUAUAACCAUUCACAUUGUAUAUAUUGUACAUCACAAUCUCAUCCUCAUACACCAUCAUCAAUACAUCGAAUGUUACACACAUCUACAUGUCAUCAUCAAAAUAAUAACAAUACUUCAAUUGCCAUAACAAAUGAAUCUACACAGAUGACGAAUGAUAAUAAUCAAAUGACAACGCAUAAUGUAUCGUUAGCGGAAGAUCAAUCUUGUACUGAACCAAUAAUGGAUUCAUUAGGUGAAGAAAAUAUGAUCACAUCAUGGACAAGUUCAAGUGAUGAUACUAAUCCAGAAAGUAUUUCAACAUCAGCAGCAGCUGAUAAAAAUCAACAUGAAAAAAUAAAUAAUGAACAAGAACAUUUAAGUAGUGAAGGUUCAAUAUUUUCUGAUUCUGAUAUUCAACAACAAGAUGAAACGAAUACAUUACCAUCAGUUAAUUUUGAACGAGGACCGAGUUUUUUUACGCCAAAUGUAUAA